ACGAGGAGUGGCCGGAAGCGGAGAAGGCCGAGAAGUUGGCGAGAGGAGCCGCUCUGAAAUGGGCUUCAGGGGUGUUUUACUGCCCCGAGAAACUGGAGGGACUCGGGCAGUACCGGAGCCGAGAGACGCAGAGGAACAGCUCCAUCCAGUCCCGGCUGAAGUCAACUGUCCAGUCCUACCUGGAGGGGGUAAGCGUGGGGCUGGAGCAGUUGCGGUCGGCGGCCCAGGAGGUGCAGAGCGUGUGCCAGGACCUGGGGGCUGCGCGGUGGGCCCUGCUCGACAGCGCAGACCGAUUCCAGGGCCUCCAGCAGAUGCGGGCGCUGAUGGCGGAGCACGUGCAGCUGGCCUCGGUGGUCCAGGUGCUGCCCCAGCUCUUCUCAGUCCACGAGGUUUUUUCCCAUACCCUGCAGCUGCUCCGUGGGCAGCAACUCCUGGAGGCCCACGCGGAGCUCAUGAUGAUGGAGCACCUCCGGGAUGACAUCCUUUCCCAGCUGCACCUCCGUGGGCUCUCUGAUGCCCAGGCAACCGUGCUGUCCUACUUUGGUGGCCUGCAGGAGCUCAACGAGAGCCUGGCCAAGCAGCUGUGGGACAUUGUGGGCAGCAGCCUGCGCCUGCGGCUGGGGGGGGGGGUUCUCUUUGUCACCGCUGUAAGGAUCAUUGAGCGGGAGGAGAAAAUAGAUGAUACUCUGCUCCUGGAGGCCACCUUCCUCCCCCCUGGCCGCCCAAAGGGCUGGAGGCAGAAGUUUUACCGCGUUCUCCAGGAGACCAUCACAGGAGCCCACUUCCAUGGCACCCGCGUGGACACUGAGGGGCCAGGGCUGGCCCGGCGCCUGGCCGCGCUGCAGAAGGCCAUCGUGUCUGAGCUGCGUGUGGUGAAGGACCUGAUGGUCCAGUGCGUCCCAGCUCACUACAACAUCCUCAGCGUCUGCACUGCCACCUACCACCAGGCCCUCAGCAGCCACCUCCAGGACAUCCUCCGAGAGGACCUGGACAAACAGGCGCUCUUCCUCCUCCUCGAGUGGGCGCUUCGUGUGUACCACAGCCCAGAGAUGAUGGGUCACCCUGACCUUCUCCCAGAAGUGGACGUUUCUGCUCUGGGCCCCGUGAUGUCCCCUGAGCUCGUGGAUCAGACAGAGAGGAAAUACGUGGUGAAAGUCAAGGCUAGCGUGCUCGAGUGGAUGCAGAGGACCCUGGAGGUGGAGUUCAAGGAGUGGUUUAGGGACGAGGAACCCGAGACAGACCAUCAAGGCUUCUUCCAGUCAGCCCUGCCUGUCAUUGUCAUGCAGAUGCUGAAUGAGAAUAUCCAGGUCGCCUCCUUGAUCUCCGACUCUCUGCAGCAGAAGGUUUACAACAUGGCUUUGGAGGAGCUCGAGGCAUUUCUGGGCCGUUUGCGGGAAGCCCUAGUGCAGUGUGGGAAGGAGCACCAGAAGGACCGUACUGUACCCAAGUACUAUGUCUCCUACCUGCUGGCCAUGCUUAACAACAACCUGACUCUCAGCUCCUCUGUCUCCUCCCUGCACCCUGACACUGCCCGCAGAGAAGUCCCCACGUCCCUCCGGGCUGCUCUAGACCGGACGCAGAAGAAAGCCUGCCAACUGCUGCUGGAGGAGCUGCUCCUGGACCUGCAGCCCCUCUGCCUGCAGCUGCCUUCCCGCAAGUGGCUCUCCGGGUCCCAGCUGGUCAGCAGCAUGUGCGAAGUGAUUGACAAGUAUGCAAAGGACUUCUCCCGCGUCAGGAAACCCAUCUUCACGCUCCUGCUGACUGAGAGCGAGCUCGUGGUGGCGAGCCAGUACCUGCGGGCACUCAUGCAGAAGAAGAUGGUGUGCAAGAGCGAGGAGGAGCGGGGCCAGUUCUGCGACCGCCUGCUGCAGGACGCCACGCAGCUCCGGGAACUCUUCUGUGGCCUGGGUCUGGACCCGUCACAGCAGAGCCUGGAGGCCGUGUUUGCCCUGCGGGAGCUGAUCUACCUCAAAGACCCGGCACUGCUCAGCCUGGAGGUGCUGGGCUUCAUCACCAAGUACCCCGACGUCAGCGACGAGCACAUCUCCACCUUGCUGGAUCUCCGGGGUGACGUCUCCAAGGAUGUGCGGCACAUGGUGCUGGAAAUGAUGGCACAGCACCCCCAGGCCCUGCCCGAGAGCUACCGGCCCAUCUUCAGCACCAUCCUGGUCCCUGCGCCGGAGCUGCCCUUCUGCCUUCGCAAGGGCAAGUGCGCCUGA